UCGCUGGUAGCAAACCAACGGUGAGCGGCUGUACCCUGACGAACAGGUGAAAGUAUUCUUUAGCAACUUUUCAUUUAGUUUCCUUAUCGCAAUGGCAUCGUCUGCAAUGAUCACCGUCCCCACCACCGCCUCCCGCUUCGCCCUGCUCCAGAUAGACUCGGAUUCGGACUCCGAUACCUCCGAGCCGGGGAAGACCACCACCAAAAGCGGACGGGACACCUCCGGCAAGCCCCGACAAGGAAAGGCAGGGGCAGCCGGGGGGAAGGCGGCCCAGGUUAACGACAAGAAGAAAGACAAGAAAAAGAAGAAGAAGGAACAGCAGCAGAGUGAGGCAAAUGAGCUACGUAAUCUGGCCUUCAAGAAGAUUCCUCAGAAAUCUUCUGCCCAACCUCCUUGUAUGACACUGUCAGGAAUAGCCAGCGAACUUCUCAGCCCUGCAUCAGGGGACCACAAUAUGCCUUCGGAGGGGUGGCAGCAGUGGAAGCAGAGGGAUGAGCAGAUAACAACUGAACUAUACGAGGCAGACUUGGAAAAGGCCUUGAUUCUAAGUAAACUGGAGUACGAACAACAGAAACAGGAGAACAACACAAACACAUCCUCGCCAAAGUCACGAGGAGGAAAAGAGGGCGGAGGGAAGAAGGAGAAGAAGAAGAAUCAGCAGGCAAAAGACAAAAAGACGGUUUCACUGCAGGAUUUCCAGGCAGAAGGCAGUGUAGAACAUUCGUGUAAGAAACAAGAGAAAGAGGAUGCCAGAGCAGCAAACCUGGCACUAGGAAUUGGGCAGGAGGAGCGUUUUUUUAAUAAACUGGAAGAUGACGUCAGUCGGAUCAUCCAGCGAGAGAAAAGACGUGAGCAGUACGCUAACAGCCAGGGACAAGAAGUCAACACAUCCACAGAACACGAACCAGACCCCCGGGCAGAGCAGCUGAAGUAUGAGCUUGAGAAGAAAGACCAAGAAAUCGAUAAGCUAAGGAAGACAAUCUCACAGUGGGAGGUGAAAUACAAAGAGGUGAAAGCAAGAAAUGCCCAGCUACUUAAGAUGCUCCAACAAGGAGAGAUGAAAGAUAAAGCUGAAAUCCUUCUACAGGUAGAAGAGCUUCUACAUAUUAAAGAAGAACUGUCAUCACAGGUAACAUUACUACACGCUGCCCUUGAACAAGAAAGAUCUAAAGUCAAAGGUCUGCAGUCAGAACAGCCAAAACAUCAGGGAAACAAGAAAGGGAAAAAGGGCUCGGAGAUGGAUCUAUGAAGCUUGGACUCCAUGUCAGCAUAUAAUGCAUGCCCCCCUUAAUUGCACACACACACACAGAAUACACUCCAGGAUGUAUUACACAGCUGAACAAGGAUUAAAGAAGCUUUUAAAAUGAUUGACUGAGUUUAAAGUUUGUGUUGAAAUGGUGGCUUGGCACACAGUGCUGCCCUCUGCAGGCACAAGAUUGCCACUGCAUUUUUAGUACUGUUGAAGGCUGUGCCUGAACUUUCUGAGGGUUUUAAUGCCAAAAUGACAGAUGUGAAAUUUUAUGCUUUUGUUUGUUUGUUUGUUUUCUCACUGUUAAGUAAAUAAAAUACUUUU